UGAUUCUGAUUUUGUGAAGCAGACGAGCAUGCAUGUAAAUCAGCUGUCGUUAAUUAUUCUAUUUUAAUUGAUUGAAAAUUGGUAAUUUUCUAGAAGUUUUAUUUUGAAUACGAUGUGUUUAGCUAUUAUAACCUGUAGAAAAAAUGAAAACGUAAAAUUUACUUGUUUAUAGUUAUUUCUAACCCAAAAAUGUACACUGAGUUUGGAGAGCUUGUUGAAAACUAACCUUUUAGGUGCCAAUCUUUGAUAUUAUUUUUAAAAAAUGGCUAAUGACAGGGAAGUUUUACGUGAAAUUUGGGAGGGAAAGCUUCCUGUUUCCUUCCAAUUAAAUUCUGAAGAAGUAAUUGAUCUACAAUCACCUGAACCGUACUACCUGAUGGUGCCUCGUUUGAGUUAUUUUCCUAUAGUUACUGAUAAGGUUAGAAAGCAUUUUUCUCGCUAUAUUCAUCAAGAUAAGCAAGACUCGGAAAUGUGGCUGGAUUAUAAUGGCUUAGCAUUAAAAUGGCAUUAUCCUAUAGGUCUACUGUACGAUUUGAACAAGGCUGACAUUGAACUACCAUGGGCAGUCACUGUACAUUUCGAGAAGUUCCCUGAGUCAGAGAUACUACAUUGUCCCAAUAGGGAAGUGGUUGAGACGUACUUCAUGUCCUGUUUGAAAGAAGCAGAUGUGCUGAAGCACAGGAGCCUCGUAGUUUCUAGUAUGCAGCGCAAGGAUCAUAAUCAACUUUGGCUUGGACUGCAAAACGAUAAAUUUGACCAGUUCUGGGCGGUAAACCGUAAGUUGAUGGAGAUGGGUCCGAGUAGCGAAGAGUCUUUCAAAUACAUUCCAUUUAGGUGUUAUCAUGGCGAGAGGCCAGUUCGACAGAAGCUUGUGAAACCUGUUACUGAGGAUGGCAAGCGGAAAACACUUCAAAACUUUCUCGAAGAAGUUUAUCCAACGGAACACGAAAAAGUGAAAGUAGUAAUCCACGGCGUAGAACCUCCGAGAGAGACACCCCUGCAGUGGAUGAGCGAACACCUCAGUUAUCCCGACAAUUUUUUACAUUUGUGCAUUUUUAUCGACGAAGCCACUGCGACGUGAUACGCUUGACUCAUUUUGUAACAAAAAUGGACAGAAAUGCCAAGAUGUUGUGAAGCACACAAAAUUGGUUAUAUUACCACAAUAAUAUUUUGAAUUAUUGAUCGUCUGUGUGAAAUUGACUGGGUGCAUCAUUGCAUUUUAUAUUACUCAAACCGCUUUGAUCUCACCUAUCAUUCAACUGUACAUCACUCGAUUAGCAUUUCAUUGUAUGUUUUUAUUCUAAAUGAUAAUAGUGACCGUUUUUUAUUAUAAAUUAUAUUAUUAGUCAAAGAAUAUCUAUUGAACCGAGAGUAAACUAUAGUGUAUUUCAUGGCUGAAUACCUCUGGUUAACAUGUAAUUACCAGCAAGCCAGAGGUAUUCACCCAUGAAAGCUACUCAAGUUAAAUUUAUCUAGCUUUUAUAUAAUUUUAAUUACAGUUAAAACUGAGAUCCUUUUAAGAGUGUAACUCAAAAUUACCUAUGGCUCAUGUAAUAUUAAAUAACUCGAAAAAUGAAACUAUGUUCACUUCAAGUUUAUUGGCUCAUUUGCUAUAAGUUUUAUAUAUAAUAAAAUAAAUAGAAAAUAUAGAAAUAAAUCACUUUCUAUAUAAGCUUGUGGUUUAUUUGGUUUCGCGUCAACCCAUUAUUACCUCAGAGUGUGCUAGUCUUACAAAAUAUAAUCAGCCGUAUAAUAAUAAUUUUUAUUACAAGAUAAAUUGUAAUUGAAUUGAAUACAAAAUGACGAAAUCUUGUUGAAAUACAGGGCAUUGAAUAAGGGUUUUUAUACGAGUAUGUUUCUAAAGUCGUGGUGAAUAACUUUCAUAGAGCUGGAAUAUGAAGAGGAAUCUCUCGAUUCUCAACUGUAGAAACCUUUACCGAUGUUCACUGUUAAAAUAUUAACGAGGUUUCUGGAAAGGUCAAGUAGUUUGUUGAAUCCUUAGGGAACGCACAAUCAUGAAUCAUACAUUCAGUUUUAUUUAUAUUUGAAGAGGUUUCUAAUCUUUCAGAUCAUAAUAUCUUGGAUGAAAGUGAUAUUGAUUAUUAUAACUCAAUUUCUGAUCAUUGUUUGCCCUGAAUGUUGUUCAUAGAAAAUUGGGAGAUUAAAUUCCGAUUAGAAACAAUCUGAUAGUCAAUGUAGAGAAAUAACUCUAUUUUUAUCAACAGUUAAACUUUGAAAUCAGUACAAUAAACAUUUCUUUUUAAACUAAAUUUAUAUUGGUUUUAUGCUAUUGUUUUGAUUGACAGCCAUCACAAUUUUUUUAAACUUUAUGUAUUACUUUAAGAAAAACAAACAAAAUAAAUGGACAAACUUUAUCCAACUUUAUCUUAAUAGACAAACUUUAUCUAUUUCUUUCAAACGUUAUGUUAAUAAAAGGUAAAACUUUGUAAACAUAAACUAUGUACAACUCAAUUUUUGAGUCAUGGCUUGUUUUGUUGAUAAAUAAUUGCAUUUUUAGUGAAGCAUUCUGCUGUGUAUAAUAAAGGACGAAUAUAAUAAUUUUAUUCUAUUAACAUUUAUUCCUCUAUCUGCAAUAAACAACUCCACUAACUGAUAGUCUUAUUUAAACACUGUAUUAAUGAUUUAUACAUAAUGUAUAAGUUAGCUAGUGAAGAAUAAAUACUAUGAAGAAUGUAUCAUUUUUUGACUCUGGUAUUAUUAAUAUUGUAUCGAAGGUUCAUCAACGUAUUUUUUAUGGAUAAUUGAGCUGAUAUUUCUCUAGAAUUUCAAAUUACAUAUAUUAUGAAGAAAAAAUUCUACUGUUUAUGAUAUAAAACUCAUAUUAUUAAUGUCAUAGCUUAUACAAAGAAAUAUAUAAUGUUCAUGAAUCAUAUGCUGAUAAUAAAACAUAAUGGCAGCUGUGCCUGUUGUAUUUUGAUAAAAUUUGUAUUUGAACGCUUCUUUGAGGUAAAAUAAUUGGAUAUUAUAUGGACUAGAAUACUCAGAAGUUAAGAAAACUUUUCGAAAUCUAGCUAAUCAUUAAUAGGGUAUCAUUUUGGCGAUGUAUUUUUUUAUUAAAAUCUUUUCGAAUUA